AUGGAAGUUAUAGUGAGUAGUGUUCAAGAAAUGGUUAAGAACCCAAUUCAUGAGAUCCCAUCUCCUUAUCUUGUUCAUCGAGAACCCUCGAUUUCAUCUCCUCCCGAACAGAAUUCGUUCGCACAAAUUCCUAUUCUCGACUUGAAAAUGUUGCUUGCUAAUAAAGAUAGCCAAAAGAGCUCCAAUCUUGAAAAGUUUCACUCAGCAUGCAAAGACUGGGGCAUAUUUCAGGUGGUGAAUCAUAGAGUGGAGCCUUCAUUGAUUGAGAAAGUGAAAAAUGAAGUGCAAGAAUUUUAUAAGCUCCCAUUGGAAGAAAGGUUGAAAUAUAAGACAAGGGCUGGAGAAGUUGAGGGCUAUGGCCCAACAAUAAUUGUUUCUCAAGACCAAAAAGUUGAUUGGGCUGAUAGAUUCUACAUGGUCACAAACCCAAACCAUAGGAGAAAAUCUCAUCUUUUGCCAAGUUUCCCCAAAUCUCUCAGAGAAACCCUAGAAGCUUACAUUUGUGAGUUACAAAAACUUGCCUCGGCUGUAUUUGGUUUGAUUUCCGAGGCGUUAAAGAUCGAGAAAGAGGAAGUUGAAGAGAUGUUCGAAAACGGGAUGCAGGCGAUGAGAAUGACUUAUUACCCGCCAUGUCCCCAGCCGGAAAAAGUUCACGGGCUAACGCCACAUUCGGAUGGGAGUGGAAUUACCAUACUUUUGCAGGUUAAUGGAGUUGAAGGUUUGAAGGUGAAAAAAGAUGGUGUUUGGAUGCCGGUGAAGUUCUUACCAAAUGCAUUUGUUGUUAACCUAGGAGACAUUGUUGAGAUACUAAGCAACGGACUUUAUAAGAGCAUCGAGCACAAGGCUACUGUGAAUCGAGUGAAAGAGAGGAUUAGCAUUGCCAUGUUUUUCAACCCUAAGUUCGAAGCUGAAGUGGGUCCCUCACGUUCGGUUAUAAACACUAUUAAGAAGCCACCGAUCUUUAGGCGCAUGGCUAUGGAGCAGUAUUUGAAAGAGUUUUUUUCGCGAAAACUUGACGGGAAAUCCUUCAUCGAAUACAUGAAAACGAAGAUAAGCAGGGAUACGUACGAUCGCCGUCCAGGUGGUAGUCUCUUCAACGGAAGAAAAGUGUUCGCGAUGGGUUGCUCGAAGGCUUCUCAAGUGCGGAAGGCCCUCUGGCUGCUGGUUCUCGAGUACAAGAAGGGAGGAGAGGAAUAG